AUGACAAACCUGGGGAUCGCCUCUGAGCACACUCGACAUCAAGUCAGAGUCGCAGUCACACAAGCUGAACCCAAAUGGCUUGACUUGCAGGGUUCAGUCGACAAGACCUGUGCUUUGAUCAUUGAAGCCGCCAAAGGAGGCGCUGAGCUGCUGGCAUUCCCCGAGUGCUGGGUCACAGGAUAUCCUGCUUGGAUCUGGGCGCGACCAGUUGAUACACACCUCACGAGCCGGUACAUCAAAAACUGCAUGCGCGCCGAUGGCCCAGAAAUGGCAAGGAUCCAGCAAUGCGCGGCCGACAACGAUAUAACCGUCGUCCUUGGGUUCUCGGAGAACUUCCACAACACACUCUACAUCUCACAGGCCAUCAUCGACUCCGACGGCAAACUACUCGCCGUUCGACGCAAGAUCAAAGCUACACACAUGGAGAGAACAAUCUUUGGUGAUGCCUCUGGUGAUGCACUCACAAGCGUUGCCGAUACAAAAGUCGGCCGUGUAGGAGCACUCUCUUGCUGGGAACAUAUUCAGCCCCUACUCAAGUAUUAUCUCUACAGCCACCGCGAGCAGAUCCAUGUCGCUGCAUGGCCGCCAUUGCAUCCAUACAAGGACGAGAAGGAAUUGUGGUCCAUGUCGAGAGAAGGCACCCGCGCAUUAUCCCAAACAUACGCAAUCGAGUCGCAAGCUUUUGUGCUCCAUGCGACAUCCGUCAUUAGCGAACAAGGGAUUAGUCUCAUGAACACAGAAGGGGGAGCUGUCAUGAGCACCCCGGGAGGAGGCAGCUCUGCAAUCUUUGGGCCUGAUGGGAGGAUUAUCACCGAGGAUAUACCUCAAUGUGACGAGGGAAUUCUGUAUGCCACGCUUGAUCUGGAUGAGAUUCUACGAUGCAAGAGUUUCGUGGAUGUCUGUGGGCACUACAGUCGGCCGGAUAUGUUGUGGCUUGGGGUUGAUCGAGAGGUGAAGAAACAUGUACAGUAG